AUGUCGCACAUCUUGACCAUCAACAACAAGUCUUCGCACAAUCAAGAAUUCGAGGUGCAUGGCUGGAACAACAAUCAUAACAUCUCUGUACCAGCACGUUCUAGCACCAAUAUCAACGCACCAGAUGGAUCGUCUGGAGCCAUCAUUGCUCUUCACGACGGCCACGAAGGAGAACAAGCCGAAAUAACAAAGAAAGGAUAUGGCGGCAACGACUUUNUCGACGUUAGCAACAUCACUGACGCCGGCGGCAACAUGACAGUCAUGCAGAAGAACGACCCUGGCACUAUCAAAGGCUACCCCGAGUUCAUGCAGGCAUUGAACCAAGCAUAUGCCCACGCCGACCAGAAGACCAAGGAUAACAUAAGAAGAUCGAUACAUCUGGAUCAUACCGAAAGAAUUGUUCGGAUGGAUCCUACUAAGGAUAACCCUCAUAUGGAGGCCUUCGUCCAUACUUUUGAUACCCUCUCGUAUGUUGGACAGGGUUCAUGGAGCGGAAAAGUCGGAAAUGCUAUCGACAAUGCUCAGUCGANNUCAGCCCAUGGAAGCAAAGAUAUUCUGAUCACUUAUAGUGAUGGAGACGCAAGGCCUAUCAGAAGGAACCUGGAAGAACAUGCAACGCCAGCAGUUCAUCCGAAUGUCCAUCCAGCGGUGCACAACGGCACGUCCUCACCUGACCAUGAUGAUGGCAAAGCACCUGGUAUUUUUUUGAGCAACAAGUCUGCAGUCGAUGAGACCUACUUUCUCUUUGACAACUAUUGGAACGGCAAUGGCACAGCAGGUGCCAAUUUCGAUCAUCCUUCCAAGUCGGUACACGUACCAGCCGGCCAUACAAUAUUCGUCAGUUUGCCAUCCUCGUUCAAAGGCCGAGUCCAAAGAGGAAAGUUAAUCCCUGCCACUUGGGUAGAGUUUCAGAUAGAAGCAAGAAACGACCACAAAGCCCACGGCGACGUCAGUGUCGAGCAGGGAAACGACGGUCCAGCAACAAUCCAUGCUACUGAUGGAACAAAGUCAUCGAAUGGCUUUACUAUGAUGAUUAAGGCAGCGGACUCUGCUUACCAGACGAGAUCAGAUGGCAAANGGGUCAUUGCUAGUACCAUGGGAAACUGGCUAGGAGGUCCAGAUCAGGCUGCGAUAAAGGCCCAGCAAGCCAUCAAGACUCGAGCAUAUGUCACUGGAGGUACUGGAGUCCCCGAUGUAGCCUCCGUAAACAGGCGCCUUGCUGUGGACUUCUACUAG